UUAUUAAAACACACAUCUAUCUUCAAUAUUCUAUAAUUUAUUGCUACAUUUGAAACACCAAUGGCAUCUUUUGUUCCUCCUCCUCCAUUUACCUCCAAGACCCCUCAACAAGUGCACGACGUUUUCCUUAGCUUUAGAGGCGAGGACACACGUUACACUUUCACAAGCCAUCUUUACGCUGCCCUAACAAGGCUUCAAGUGAAAACCUACAUCGACAACGAGUUGGAACGAGGCGAUGAGAUAUCGCCCUCACUUCUUAGGGCAAUCGAUGAUGCAAAGGUGGCCGUCAUUGUUUUCUCCGAAAACUAUGCUUCUUCGAGGUGGUGCUUGGAUGAACUCGUGAAGAUUAUGGAGUGUAAGAGAAAAAAUGGGCAGAUUAUAGUGCCUGUUUUUUACCAUGUUGACCCAACCCAUGUACGCCAUCAAACGGGUAGCUAUGGACAUGCUUUUGCAAUGCACGAACAACGUUUUGUUGGCAACAUGAACAAGGUUCAAACUUGGCGGCUUGUGCUGGGUGAAGUAGCCAAUAUAUCUGGCUGGGAUUGCUUAACCACAAGGGUGGAGUCUGAACUAGUAGAGAAAAUUGCAAUGGACAUAUUACAAAAGUUGGACUCUAUUACAAGCGGGGGCCUAGAAAGACGCAUAGCAACGUACAAGCAAAUGGCACAGCAAAAGCUAGAAAAGUCACUGAAGACGGGUAACAUGAGAGACAUGGAAGACUUGAUCACGACACUGCUCCAACUUGGGGAGCUGAAAUUGGAGAAGGCCAUGCGCACUGAUGAUUCGAGCGUUUGGGAUGACCUAAUGGCAACGUACGAGCGUGUAUUGCAGCUUAAACAGGACAAGUGGAUGCGAACGUUUAAUACCAAAGACAUGGAGGACUUAGUAGCUACAAGGCAGCAUGUUAUGCAGAUUCAGAGGGAGCAAUCCAAUCGUAAGAUCGGGUUCCGCGGUAUAUAGACGCAGAUUUAAGUUGAAUAGAUUUUGGGUAGUGUGUGCUAAUUAUGAUUUAUCAAUAAUAUUCAUAAUCAUAUGUAUCAGAAUUCUCAAAUGCAUGUAACCCUAACAAAUUGUGGCCAUACAUCAUAGAAUUCAAAGUAGAGGAGAGGAGUGACAUUCAUUUGAGGAUACAUAUGAUUAAAAUUGAUAAAAGAUACCAAGGACGGAUGCAGAAAAUUUUAGUUGUGGAGGCAAUAUCAU